GCUAAAUCACAAACUCGCUUCAAUAAGUACAAUUGAUCAAUAACUUUGUCAAAUUACAAGCACUUAAUUUUUCAUUUAUUAUGAAAGACAUGAAAUCAUACUCUCGUCCAUUGAUUCUUUUUACAACCCAAUGUAGUCAUUUACCUCAAUCGUGAUGUUACAAGUGUUUCAACGAAAUCCUUAAUAAGCUGAGAAAUAUCGUGGAUAAGACAGUUUAGCGCGAUGCUGUGAGAAUCGGAAAGAUCUUAUAAUUCUAUUAAAUUUAAUCUUGUUUACAAUCUGAAACAAAGCAUGAAGCUCUAUUACAAAGUCACUUACUUUGUUAGUUCAAAGUCCUCAGUACUUAAAAGCUACUUAAAAGUCAAACUUACAUGAAUGCAACGCUCAGUAAACAUUAGAAAGAAAUUAAUUUGAAAUUGAAAUAUUAAUGACUAGAAAUGUGGCUUCUUGAUUACUUUAGUGUACCAUUACCUUUUAUUUACUUGUUUUUGAGUCUAUCUAUUUUCUGGUGCAUUAAAUAUAUUUUCAAAUCUGUGAAACACUUAUGUUCAUUACCUCCAGGACCAUUUGGAUUCCCGAUUUUUGGUUAUUAUCCGUUCUUAAAAGAACACAGUUACAUACAAUUCGAUCGACUAUCUAAAAAGUAUGGACCAGUCUUCAGUCUAAAGUUGGGUCAAUAUGAUACUAUUGUUGUCUGUGAUUGGGAUAACCUUAAAGACGCCUUCGCAAAUGAUGCUUUAUUGGCUCGUCCAGCUAAAGGUUUCUUAUCAGGAAUAGAGGAAACUCUUUCAGUGAUUGCAAUGUCCGGUGAUGCUUGGCGUGAACACAGACGGUUGUCAUUGCACGUUUUGCGUAAUGUUGGUUUGGGUAAACGAGAAAUGGAAACUUUGAUCUCGGAAGAAAUUCAUCAAUUUUUGUCUUCACUUGAAACUAAUGUGAAUGACUUGCCUCAACAUCUAAUGCCAAGUGUCUCUAAUAACAUUUCAGCUCUUUUAUUUGGUCGCAUUUUUGAUUAUGACGAUCCUGAUAAAAUGAUCAUUGAUCAAAGUGUUCAGGGAUUCAGUGAAUCUUUCCAAUUUACUGGAAUAACGAGUUUUUUGCCAUGGUUAACUAAACCACUGAUUGCUUUAGGUAAAGCUAAUCUUAAAAUAAUAAGCAAGACACAUAAACAUCUGAACAAUUUCAUUACGAAAGAGGUUUUGAAACAUCAAAAUAAAGCGAACUCGAAAGAAAUUGAAGACUAUAUUGAUGGAUAUCUCGAUGCACAAUCUAAACGAAAAGACGACCUAUUUAAUGAUAUGAUAUUAAGAAGAAAUGUUAUCAGUUUCUUUGUUGCUGGAUCAGAAACAGUCACUAGUACUCUUACUUGGACCUUAAUGUAUCUCGUGAAGUAUCCUCAAUAUCAAGAAAAGAUUCGCUCAGAAAUUCAAGAAGUUAUUGGAACUGAAAAGAGACCAGAUUUCUCGGAUCGUCUAAGAAUGCCUUUUACUCAAGCCUUUCUUUACGAAGUCCAACGCAUUGAGUCAGUUGUUGCUAUAAACCUGAUAAGAAGAGCUUCUCAAGACACAAAGAUUGGUCCUUAUAAUGUUCCAAAAGAUAGUCUGGUUUUUUUCAAUUUCUGGUCCGUCCAUCAUGAACCCAAACUGUGGCCUAAUCCUGAUAAAUUUGAUCCGAACCGAUUUCUUACUGAUAAUGGUACCAAAGUAAUAAAGCCUCCAUAUUUAGUCCCAUUUAGUGCUGGUAAAAGAGCUUGUCCAGGUGAAGGCUUAGCCAAUGUUGAGCUAUUUUUGUACACAGUUGGUAUACUUCAACGAUUCAAAAUCAAAUCAGAUAAACCAUUAUCAUUCGAUGCAAAGUUUGGCCUUACUCGACGUCCAAAAUACAAGCCAGAUUUAAUUUUCGAAAAAAUAUCCUCUCAAUAUUAGCAGCGUCUAAAGUAUAAAGCGAAAACAAAAUCAUUAAAUUAUGGACUCACCAAUGUCAUAAAUUUAUCAUCAUCUUAUUUAGUUUUGAUUGAUCAAAAUUAAUACUUUUAUUCAAAAUUUAAG